AUGUCCACCUUCUGGAAGCCCAGGGGACAGUCCUGCUAUAGAACACCCCGUAUGUCCACCUUCUGGAAGCCCAGGGGACAGUCCUGCUAUAGAACACCCCGUAUGUCCACCUUCUGGAAUCCCAGGGGACAGUCCUGCUAUAGAACACCCCGUAUGUCCACCUUCUGGAAGCCCAGGGGACAGUCCUGCUAUAGAACACCCCGUAUGUCCACCUUCUGGAAGCCCAGGGGACAGUCCUGCUAUAGAACACCCCGUAUGUCCACCUUCUGGAAGCCCAGGGGACAGUCCUGCUAUAGAACACCCCGUAUGUCCACCUUCUGGAAGCCCAGGGGACAGUCCUGCUAUAGAACACCCCGUAUGUCCACCUUCUGGAAGCCCAGGGGACAGUCCUGCUAUAGAACACCCCGUAUGUCCACCUUCUGGAAGCCCAGGGGACAGUCCUGCUAUAGAACACCCCGUAUGUCCACCUUCUGGAAGCCCAGGGGACAGUCCUGCUAUAGAACACCCCGUAUGUCCACCUUCUGGAAGCCCAGGGGACAGUCCUGCUAUAGAACACCCCCGUAUGUCCACCUUCUGGAAUCCCAGGGGACAGUCCUGCUAUAG